AUGGCUUCACCUCAACACCUAGCAAUCAUGGAGAAGUUUCCAAACGAUAUCUUAUCAAACAUAUUUAUCCGUUUAUUGGCAAAACAGCUUGCUCAAAUGAGGUGCGUCUCUAAAACUUGGAAUGAUCUCUUGUCUCGACCCUCCUUUGUAAAAUCCCAUCUCGAUCAUUCACGCCAUAAAAACGAUGAAAUCCUCUUGGUCUUCUACCAUCUGUUUUCUUUCCACUCUAAACCUUUCACAGCACACCCCUUGCGAUCUCCCCAUCUCGAACUCACUAAUUUCAUAAGACUCCCGACAAAUCUCCAAUCUGAACGUUAUCAUUAUGGUUAUGUUAUUGGAUCCGUUAAUGGUCUAAUAUGCUUUCAGUAUGGACCAUAUAUUGAUGGAGACUAUUACAUUUGGAACCCUUCUCUCUCCGCUUUGUUAAUUCUCCCACCAAGUGAUAAUAUGCCAGACUAUGACUAUGAGGAUCUAGUUGGCAUUUUUCCUCGGUUUGGGUAUGAUCCCACAACCGAUGAUUACAAACUUGUGAAACUUACAAGCCUUGACCAAGAACCCAUCAUAUUGUGGCUAGUUGAAGUCUAUAGCAUGAGAAAGGGUGUUUUUAAGUUAAUUACUCAAAGUCCUCCAUCGCACAUUACAAGGAUUAGAUAUAAUCAUGAAGUAUGUGUAGAUGGUCAUGAUGGUCAUCUUCAUUGGUUUGGUUAUACGGAAUCAGAUAACAAGUUAUACUACGAGAUAUCAUUAGGAGUUUUGGUUGGAAAGCUUUGUGUGAUGGCAAUGUUUAGACAUGGUGAAUGUGAGGUGUGGGCGAUGGAUGAGUAUGGGGUCGCUGAUUCGUGGGUAAAACAUCAUGUCUUUUCAAAGUGUCGUGGAGGUGUAUCUCCGUUUGGGUUCACGUUACACAAUGAGUUUGUCUUUGGAGUUUAUGACAGACUAACUUUGUACGAUCCAAUUGCAGCAAAGGUUAAACAUUUCAAGAUUAAAUCUACAAAAUGUGGUUAUACUAAAGUUGUUGAGUAUGUGGAUAGUCUUGUUUGGGUUGCACCAACCAAGCAUAAGAUUAGUUGCCGUAAAUUUUCUCGAUUGAAAUUUUAA